GGCGUUCUUGUGUGGUCUCAUGUAGGGAGCGGCUAAAGAUGGCGCCGACAUCCGGUGGUCGUUUGUGGUAAACACCUACAGCGCAUGUGUUGGCAGACCCCCAGCACCUACAAGGCCAGGGUGAUAUUCAUGCUAAAUAGGUAUUUCAUGCUCCACCAAUCCCCAGUGGACAAAUUUACAGCCACAGCCUGUCUUGUAUUUAAGGCGAGUGCCUUUGUUCCCCGGGGCCCCCGUAUCAUCAACUAGGUGUUCCUGCAAUAAAGGCUGAUUGAGAAGGAUCCAACGGUGUUGCGUCUUCCUUGCCGGUCGAGGUGGGCGCGGCAACUGGUGGCCCGUACGGGGACCCGAGAAAAUUAUCUUUUCUCGUCUGGAUCCAGAACUUUUUCAGCCUCAGGACGGUCGGCGCCGGUAAGUUCCCAGUAGGGGCAAUUAGUUGCCGGAAUUGGGACAAUAGAGUUCCUAGAAGUGGAACUGGUAAAGUUCCUAGAAUUGGAACUGUAAAGCUCCGGGAUAAGGGAUUGUAAAACUUCCCUGGUAGGACAAUAAAGUUCUCUGGAAAAGCAGGGACAAUGAUAGCCUUGAUUUAGAGGCAAAAAGGGGUUGUGGAGCACGGUAAUGUUGUCUUUUCCAUUUGAUCCUUUGUGGGUUGGACUAGCACUUUUGCCUUAUACUCUUUUUGUGUUGUGGUGUUGCUUCUGUCUGAAUUGCCACCGCCCAGGGCACGAAUGCAUUUGUUGGGAAGAGUCCAUGAUGAGCCACAAGAUCGUGUGUAAAUAAACACGCCAGCUCGCCAGCUCCCCUUGCUUGUAAAUCGAUCGUAAAUAAGGUCGUAAAAGCAUGGGAAGCUCACACUCCACCCCGCUCCUGUCAGCUCUUCAGGAUCUUCUUGGUCAGCGUAAGCUUAAAAUUGAAAAGAAAAUCCUGCUGAGUUUUCUUGAUGAGUGUAACCGUUGUGCCCCGUGGUUUAUAGUGUCAGGGUCGCUCACUUUGAGAGCAUGGGAGAAGCUGGGAAAAGAUCUGGAUAAGGAGACUACAGUGGGCAAGCUUAAACCAGGGACAAGGCCGCUUUGGCGUAUGAUCCGUGCCUGCUUGGAAGAUAAACGAUGUGAAGAAGCUGUUAGGACAGAUCAGAGAAUCCUUACAGAGCAACAGGAGAGUAUGUCAGAAGGAGAGAAAGUUUUGAAGGAAGGAAAGAAAAGAAAAGGAGGAAAAGAGGUAAAAGAAAAGGCAGAAAAGAUCAAGGAGAGGAUAGACAAAGGCGAGAAUAGUAAUCAAGAUCAAGGAAUAAAGAAAAUUUAUCCCUCAUUAAAGGCAUUGACCUUGGAGAUGUCUAGUGAUUCAGAAUUUAGUGAUAGUGACUUAGCUGACCUUGAGGAGGAGGUAGCUCAUUAUGAGAAAGAGAUUUAUCAUUCUGACUGGCCAAACACUUAUGCUGUGCAGAAACAAGCCAAGGACUUAGAUAAGAAGGCAAUUAUGCCAACAGCACCUCCUGCACCAUCGUAUAACUUUCAAGGUAAAACAAUGGUGAAGCCUGCAGGAAGUACUUCUUUUUGCCCGGAAGUAUGGAAAGAGUUAGGAUUGAGUUUUCCAGUUUUUCUGGAUGCAAACGGGCAGCGACAUCAUGAACCUGUUGACUUUAAGACAAUAAAACAAUUAACAGAGUCAGUCAAAACCUAUAGAGUCAACUCAGCUUUUGUUAUUGCUCAAAUUGAGGCUCUUGGCAGAUACUGUCUCACCACUGGAGACUGGGGGAGUUUAACCAGAGCCUGCCUUUCUCCGGCUAUGGAACAAGUGUAGUGAGAAAGGAAACUUAAUUUUAUGGACCCCGCUCUAGUGGCGGUGUGUUGGUUGAUAGCCAACGUUAAUUUUUGAAACAUAGUGUUUUAUCUGUGCUUGUGCUCCCAGCCCACACAGUAGGGGGUAGCGAAACUAGCUGCCGGAGCUGCUACAGCGAACAUGGAGACUGCUCAGUUUCACCCAAUUUUUCUGGCUCUUCAGGAGCUGUUUAAAAAAAAAAGGCUUAGGAUAAAAAGAAGCACUAUAGAGAGAUUUCUUAGUGAGUGUGAUUGCCAUUGCACCUUGGCUCGCUCUCUGAGAAUCUCGAGGUGGACAGCUAAGAAAAGCUGGGAAAGAUUUAAAUUUUGCUUGGGAACAAGGAACCUUAAAGGGACAGGCUACAGUAGAAAUGCUACAGGAGGAACGAUUUGAAAAGGCUGUGAGCGAGGUGGGGGAGGACUCUAAGGAAAACAAGAACAAGAAAGGAAUUUAUCCAUCCCUCAAAGAACAAGGUCAAAAAAAAAAAAUAAAUAAAUAAAAUUCCAGUUGCUAACUUUAGUGGCCUGACCUUCAACUUUUGCUCACAGAGAGUGCUCAUUAAGAGAAGUUCUUUAAGGGAGCCUGCCUUAUCUGUUGGUUUUAUUCCAAGAGAGGAAUCAGUCUCCAGCAUUAAGUUAUUUUUCUCAUUAGUCAUCAUUAACAUGGAGAGUGCCUUUGAUCCUAUCCCCACAGCAGCCAGUUCCUGCCCCUGUGGUCAAAAUGCCCCAGGUUGGGGGACAGAGAAGCCCCUCGGACUACAAAACUGCCAACAGCCAAAGGACGAGAUAAAAAUAAUAAGGACUUGAAGAUCCGAUCCUUCUCCUGAUUUAGUAGCUCUGUUCCAAGAACCAGGGGCCAUAAAACCUUUUGGCCCUUAUCUCCUGGAGCCAUAAAACAGGGACAUAUUGGGGUAAGAUGGGCUAGAAAAGGCCUCGAUGAUUUGGGCUAGCAUGAGUAAAACUUGUAAUAAAAAAGAGACAAGGUAAUGGUAAAGUGUUUUGGUGUAUACAUUCUUUUAGAGUUAUGUUUUAGUCUUUGGACCCUGAUUAGAGACAGUUUACACCCUAGACAUGAGAGAGAAUGGGUUUGAGACAAACAGUCCUCCCAGACUCUCCACAGAUGCUUUGGAGAAAGAGAAAAACUUUCAGAGCUCUCCUGGGAACAGAAGAAAGACAGGAGACGUCCUGCCUCUCUGCUGGCUCCUAUUGGAGAAAUGCUUAUUUCUGGUUCUGGGUUCCAUAGGUAGGAUAUCUGGGUCCCUUCGGUGGGACACCAUCUAGUUUUUUCCCUCUAUGUCUAUUGUCUGUCCUUGGUGCACCAAGCUGUCCAUGUCUGUCAGUUUAUGUCUGUGGUUUUUGUUUCUCAUUGUUUAAAUGUUUUAUGUUUCAUGUUCAAAAGAAAAAAUGGUAAAAACUUUAUCUGCCGGUCAUUCACACCUUGAUUUGGUCUUAACUCGUUUCUGAAAAGAGAACAAAUGAAUAAAAAGCAGUUUCAAUCGGCCUUUGGAGCCCUGUACCUACAGCAAAGAGCCUAGGUCAGCUGGACAAGCUGCCCGGGGGCAGAACAUCUACAGGAGCUGAUCUUAAAGGCGCCAACAGCUCCUCAGCUUCUUGGUAUGGGAGCUGAUGUCUGUUUCUCUUAGAAAAAUCCCUGAGUUGUUAUUAGACUUAACAGGUGACAAGGUGUUUCUUUUAAAAUCACAGCUAGAAAAGCAAAAAUGGUGCUUGGUCUAAAUAUUAAAGACAUGUGUUAACCACUUCAAUUUUGUUUCUGACUGGUUUUAAAUGUAUAAAUAUGUUCUACAUGCCUUGGUCAUAGAUUAUUGGCCUUUAAGUUAUUAGAUAUGGUUAAAAAAUUAUAACAUCUAUAACAAGAAGUUGACAUAAAACUGAUAAUUUAGAUAAAGUCAUUCUAGACAAUAUGUGACAUGAGCCAACCUAGAGAAACAGGUCUAAAUUGAGAUAAUAUUUUUAUAGAACUCUUAUCCUAGAAGCCAGGCACCCCCAAAUUACAGAAUGUAAAAUUGUGUUAGAAGUUUUUAAAAGAUUUCAUGAUUCUUUCAAUUUAAUUUCUGAUUCUGCUUAUGUAGUUAACGCUGUGCGCUCACUUGAAAUUACAGGGCCAAUUAGGUUGACUAGUACUAUAUGUCAAAUUCUUUUAGAAUUACAAAAAUUAAUUUGGACCAAGAAAAAAUAAGUUUUUCAUACAACAUAUUCGAGCUCAUACUAAUUUGCCUGGUCCCAUGGCCAGUAAUAACGCUUUGGUGGAUGCUAGUACUCGCAGAGAAUUUAUUUUUCAUGCAGCUCCAGUUGAUCUUGCUAGAGAAUUUCAUCAAAAGUUUCAUGUUCCUGCUUUCACUCUUCAACAAAAAUUUAAAAUCUCUAGAGCUACAGCUCGUGAUGUAGUAUUACGUUGCCAGAAUUGUGUUCAGUUUCACCACCCUCCUCAGGUGGGAGUUAACCCUCGUGGUCUGAUUCCACUAAAACUCUGACAGAUGGAUGUCACACACAUAUCUCAAUUUGGAAAUUUAAAAUAUACACAUGUUUCUGUUGAUACCUGUUCUGGCAUUAUACAUGCCACUCUGAUGACUGGUGAAAAGGCUCGUAAUGCCAUUAGUCAUUGCUUAGAGGCAUGGACAGCCUGGGGAAAGCCUGACAGCCUCAAGACAGACAACGGACCUGCCUACACCACAAAGUCUUUUCAGACAUUUUGCCAAACAAUGCAGGUCAAACAUACUACAGGAUUGCCAUACAAUCCCCAAGGUCAAGGAAUUGUAGAAAGAGCACAUCGUACUUUAAAAGAGCUCUUACAAAAACAAAAAGGGGGAAUUGCCUAUGGCAAAACACCAAGAGAACAGUUGUCUUUAGCUCUUUUUACUCUAAAUUUCUUAAUUUUGGAUAUGCAUGGCCGCUCUACUGCGGAUCACCAUGCUGCUACUAAACCUAUGACUAUUCAAAUACAGACAGCUGAGACUAUCAAUCAGAUUGUAGAAAGAACCGCAGUGGCAUUAGAGAUACAAGAAGAAUUUAAUGCCCACUUGGCAUCUGGCUUUCUAUUAGCUAACCAACGAAUAGAUUUGAUUCAAGAACAAAUUGAGGCAUUAUAUCAUAUGACGCAGCUGUCCUGCGUUUCCUCUCUUAGAGGCUUAUGUGUUAUUCCAUUGCAAGCUAACUUUUCUCAGUAUUUUCAACAGAGCAAAGAAAUCUCAAAUUAUUUGAAAGGAAACUGGUCCAUGGAAGCGGAACAAUUAUCGAGACAAUUGCUGAUGCAGAUUGCUGUCCUUAACAACACCAGAAUGGAACCCAUCUCGAUUGGGGAUUUCACCUCGUGGAUCACCAAUGCUUUCUCAUUUUUCAAAGAAUGGGCUGGCAUGUUUACCUGGGGGGCCAUUGUCCUCUUGGGAUGUGGAGUAUGUCUAUGGCUUUUUUGCCAUUUACAACGAGAGCAUGCCAGACACAAAGCGAUUGUUUACCAAGCUAUGGCGGCCAUUGAAAGCGGUGCUUCUCCCAGUGUAUGGCUGGCCUCUCUGAUAGAGAGUUCGCCCUAGAUCAUAUUUUGUCACUGUCAUGUGAAGUCAUUGUAUCCAGAGACGGGCAACUUUCCUCAGGCUCGGACCAACCUAAGACAGGAGCCCGGUGGCGAUAGGGUUAAUUUCCAGUGACGGGUAAGGCCGAGUUUUUAGAGAGGAACGACCUAAGACAGGAGCAAUGACGUGUAUUGACGUGACACCCAGAUCUAGACCAGUCAUAGACAGAGGUGGCCUUGCCCUGUUUGAACAUUCGGUCUGGUCCUAUGCCCCUCUGCUCUGCUUCUCCCCUAAUAUUAAACACACACGUAUAGCCCAGGACGGUGUGUUGUACAUAAGUCAUCUCUAGCCAUUGGGGUGCAGUCCUAACUGCAAGAGUGGUUCGCCAUGGCCGAGCUGGGCACUCUGUGAGGCAUGUCUGACCUCUCUCAGACCACUACCUCCACCUAAUGGGUUCAUUUUUAAAAAAAAAAACAAAAAAGAGGGAGAUGUAGGGAGCGGCUAAAGAUGGCGCCGACAUCCGGUGGUCGUUUGUGGUAAACACCUACAGCGCAUGUGUUGGCAGACCCCCAGCACCUACAAGGCCAGGGUGAUAUUCAUGCUAAAUAGGUAUUUCAUGCUCCACCAAUCCCCAGUGGACAAAUUUACAGCCACAGCCUGUCUUGUAUUUAAGGCGAGUGCCUUUGUUCCCCGGGGCCCCCGUAUCAUCAACUAGGUGUUCCUGCAAUAAAGGCUGAUUGAGAAGGA